AUGUUUUCCGUCAUAUUACGGUCUCGUACGUUUCGACCGGGUCUUGCCGUCUUACGAAAUAAUACAUUAUCGUUUCGUGCCAAUACUUUGCCGAAACUCCAAUAUCCGACUUUCGGAUCCUGUCUCACUCGCAACAAAGUAACCCCUGUAAACUCUAGCGGUUCGCUUCCUCCAAAUGAUGCAUUUCUUCAAGGUAGUGCAACGAAUUACAUUGAAGAAAUGUAUGAGGCCUGGCUUAAAGAUCCCUCAUCAGUUGAUAUAUCUUGGCAGGCGUACUUCAAAAAUAUGAAAGGAAUAAAACCGAUGCUUAACGUCCCAUUGACUGGUCCUGUCACGUCUGUUUCAACAAGUACUCAAUUUGCUGCCGAUUAUGACAUAAGCGAUCACAUGAAGGUUCAACUUUUAGUGAGAGCUUAUCAAGUUCGUGGACAUCACAUUGCAAAGUUAGAUCCAUUAGGUAUUACAAAUCCUGAUCUAAGUUCAAUUCCGAAAGAACUCGAUCCGCAAUACUAUGGUUUUUCGGAAAAAGAUCUUGAUAGGCAAUUUUAUUUGGGUCCUGGGAUAUUGCCUGGAUUUGCUGAGACUAAUGAAAAGAUGACACUCCGUGAAAUAGUUGAAUGUUGCAAAAAUACUUAUAGUGGCACUAUAGGAAUUGAAUAUACUCAUAUUCUCGAUCGUGUACAAUGUGAUUGGAUUCGUGAUCGCGUAGAAAUUCCAAAACCAUACAACUACUCAACUGAAGAAAAACGUAUGAUUUUAGAUCGGUUAAUAUGGUCUGAUUCGUUUGAAAGGUUCGUUGCAACUAAAUAUCCAACUGAAAAAAGAUUUGGAUUGGAGGGUUGUGAAAGUUUGAUUCCCGGCAUGAAAGCUUUGAUUGAUAGGUCUGUUGAUCUUGGUAUAGAAUCAAUCGUGCUUGGUAUGGCUCAUCGUGGUCGUCUCAAUGUACUCAGCAAUGUGGUUCGAAAGCCUAAUGAAUCCAUUUUUUGUGAGUUCGGAGGUUUUGUUGAACCUUCAGAUGAAGGAUCCGGUGAUGUCAAAUAUCAUUUAGGAAUGAAUUAUGACCGACCAACUCCUUCCGGAAAGCGCGUACAUCUUUCUCUAGCAGCAAACCCAUCUCACUUAGAAGCUGUCGAUCCAGUUGUCCUCGGUAAAACUCGUGCUCUUCAAUUUUACAUGAAUGAUGAAAAAGAACGUCAUCGUUCUAUGGCUUUAUUAUUACACGGCGAUGCUUCUUUUGCUGCACAAGGAGUUGUGUAUGAAACAAUUGGUUUCCAUGAUUUACCAAAUUACACGACAGGAGGCACUAUCCAUAUAAUUAUAAAUAAUCAAAUAGGUUUUACUACGGAUCCUCGAUUUGCACGUUCAACUCCUUAUUGCUCCGACAUCGCUAAAGUAGUUAAUGCUCCUAUUUUCCAUGUUAAUGGUGAUGAUGCUGAAGCAGUGAAUUUUGUGUGCCAAUUAGCCGCAGAAUGGAGGCAGACCUUCAAAAAGGAUUUCGUUGUUGAUAUUGUUUGUUACCGUAGACAUGGUCACAACGAAGUUGAUCAACCUAGUUUUACCCAACCAAGAAUGUAUAAACAGAUCGCUAAACAAACCCCAAUACUUGAUAAAUAUGUACAAAGACUUUCAGGGGAAGGCACAUUUUCAAUGGAAGAUAUUCAAAACCAUAAAAAAUGGGUGUGGAGUAUGUUAGAAGAUAGUUAUACAAAAAGCAAGGAUUACAAACCUACGAGUCGGGAAUGGCUAUCUAGUUCUUGGGAUGGAUUUAAGUCUCCUAAGGAACUUGCGGAAGAAAUUACACCUAUUUAUCCAACUGGAUCUACCCUUGAAUCACUUAAACAUGUUGGAAAAGUCAUUAGUUCUUAUCCAAAGAAUUUUAAUGUGCACUCUGGCCUUGUUAGAAUGCUUAAAGCUCGAGCUAAAUCAAUAGAAGAUGGUGAAAAUAUUGAUUGGUCCACAGCUGAAAGUCUUGCAUUUGGCUCCUUACUUCUUGAAGGAAAGCACGUUCGGUUGUCUGGUCAAGACGUUGAACGUGGUACUUUUUCACAACGUCAUGCUGUUCUUCAUGACCAGGAGAAUGAAUCACAGUACGUGCCUUUGAAUGAUCUUCGACCUGGGCAGGCCCGAUAUGUUGUGUGUAACUCUUCGCUUUCUGAGUUUGGCACUCUAGGCUUUGAACUAGGUUAUUCUUUAGUUGAUCCUAAUUCCCUCAUUUUAUGGGAAGCUCAAUUUGGUGAUUUUGCCAACAACGCGCAGUGUAUAAUUGACCAAUUCAUUUCAUCUGGUGAAAAGAAAUGGCUUCAGCGCACUGGCUUAGUGGUUUUGUUGCCCCAUGGUUACGAUGGUCAAGGCCCUGAACAUUCUAGUGGACGUAUUGAACGUUUCCUUCAACUUUGCGAUGAUAAUCCCUACAUUUAUCCACCUCCAGAAAAAAUGGCACGUCAACAUCAAGAUUGUAAUAUGCAAGUAGUAUAUUGUACAACACCGGCAAACUAUUUCCACGUAUUGAGAAGGCAAAUUCAUAGAGACUAUAGAAAACCACUUAUUGUUUUCACGUCUAAAAAUCUUCUUCGACAUCCCAUGGCUCGGUCUACUCUUAGUGAAAUGAUCGGUGACACAUACUUUAGUAGAUAUAUACCAGAACCACAUCCUGAAACGCUGGCUGCACCCGAAAAAAUUACACGUCACAUUUUAUGCACUGGCCAGGUUUAUUAUGCUCUACUCAGAGCUCGUGAACAAAACGAUCUGAACCAUAUUGCUAUUUCCAGGAUUGAACAAUUGAGCCCGUUCCCAUAUGAUUUGCUAUCACAGCACGUCGACAAAUAUCCAAACGCUAAACUUGUAUGGGUGCAGGAAGAACCUCUAAAUACAGGUGCAUGGACUUACAUAGUUCCCAGAAUACGAACACUCUUGAACCAUUCUGAACGUCAUAAAGGCAAAUGGGCAGAACCUGUUACUCGUCCACCAUCAGCAUCCCCUGCUACAGGAAAUAAAGUACAACAUAUCCAGGAGGAACACGAACUAUUGUCUCAAGCUCUCAUUGGACAAAUAGUUAAACCAACGGAUGUUGUUUCAGGAGUACCAGUGUGGAAAUAA